AUGUAUCUCAUGUCACUUAUUACGACGGUAAUGUUGCUCUUUAUGGGCAUUACCAAUGGUCACUUCACCGUAGAGCACCCUCCUACUAUCGGUCCAUUCAACGACGACGCCGAGGGUGACCAUCCCUGUGGUGGCUACUCACCUGAUAUCACCAAAGUCUCUACCACGGAUUUCCAUGUAGGCGGCGACGUCAUCGCCACUACACUCACUCAUCCCGAGAGUACCUGGUUAUAUCGUAUCAACAUCGACCCCACCGCACAAGGCAACUGGACCGAAGUCUGGCCCACCUUUCAGCAGAGCGGCCAGGGCAAAUUUUGCAAUCCCCGAGUCACCAUCCCUCGCGAAUUUAUUGGCAAGAAGGGUUUUCUCGGUAUUGUAUCUCAUGCUGUAGACGGAUUUCUAUAUCAGUGCUCCGCUGUCAACUUCAUCGAGGGAACUGCUACUCCGCCUAGCGAUUGCACCAACGGAUCAAGCGUCACGACCAGCUGGAUUUCCGAUGAUCAGCUGACUGCCAAGCUGAACGAGUCUACUCCGUCGUCAUCUGAGCACACUCCCAACUUUGCCGUCUCAAGUAAGGGAGGGGCGUUCCAGGGCUUUAGUGGCAUGCUCACGAUUGGCUUGAUGAUUGUUCUAGGCGUAAUGUUGACGGUUUAA